AUGUCAGCCGAAAGACAUCAAAUAAGCGAGAGAACAACGGAGCGAGUUCGCCUCAAUCCAGUCAUCCCAGGAUUUGCCCCUGAUCCCUCCAUCGUCUUUGUAGAUGGCACAUAUUUUCUUGUCAACUCGAGCUUUCAUAUAUUCCCUGGUCUUCCGGUGUAUGCGUCAAAGGACUUGAGAGAAUGGAAGCAUAUUGGAAAUGCUCUGAAUCGAGUAGGCAUGUUAAGCCUUCAAGACUCCUUGACCAAGCUCGUUGGCCCUGAUGAUGAGGGAAUAAUGAUAGCAGCCCAGGGAGGCAUUAUGGCUCCCACGAUCAGAUAUCACAAGGGCGUCUUCUACAUUGUCAGCACCAAUGUUUCCCAUAACGAACCAUUGCCCCCUGGACAAAGCGAGUUCCAAAAUUUCAUCUUGUCUACCAAAAAUAUAUGGGCUGAUGAAUGGAGCGACCCGGUGUUCUUCGACUUUCACGGAAUAGAUACCAGCUUAUUUUGGGACGAUGAUGACCGGGUGUACCUAAUUGGUGCAGCUGCUCCUUCGCCUGAGACUAAGAUCCGGCAGUUUGAAAUCGAUCUCAAGACUGGGGCAAGACGGUCUGAAGAGAGAUUGCUUUGGGAAGGCAUCACAAAAGUUUACCCCGAGGGUCCUCAUAUGUACAAGAAGGACGGAUGGUACUAUCUUCUGAUCGCGGAAGGGGGCUGUUUUGCCGAUCACCAUGUCAUUAUGGCACGCUCACGAGAUAUUUGGGGUCCGUACGAGGCGAAUCCAGCGAACCCCGUACUUGCGAAAACGAAUCUCACCAGCUAUAUUCAAUAUACGGGCCACGGAGACCUUUUCCAAGAUCCUUCAGGAAAAUGGUACUUCGUCUGUCUAGGUGUAAGGAAAAACAACGGCCGAUUCAUCAUGGGACGCGAGUCCGUUCUCACCACAGCCACUUGGCCUCAAGGCGAGUAUCCAGUUAUUGACACAGUUCAUCUGGAUGUACCGCUUGCUAUCGAAAAACAAACAUCACCGGCGUGGCCAUCCAGGAGAAGUUUUGAGCGCCCAGACGUGGCGUUUGUCCACAUUCGGGACCCCAUUGGCGAAAGCUACAGAUACGAUGGUAAAAUCAUUACCCUCUCGGCAAGCAAGGGUGACAUUGCGCAAUUUCAAGAGCCAGUGACAUUUAUUGGCAAGCGUCAGAGGUGUCUCAAUGGUUCGAGUUCAGCACGCCUCAUCAGUUUUGUCCCAUCACUCGUUACUGGCUUUGCGCUGAAGACUGGCCUGUGUUACUACAAAGAUGAGCACCGUUUUAUCCGAGCUUUCCUCGACGUAGACGCUGGAAAGGUCGUUCUGGAGGUUGUAAAUAAGGCAAGAUAUAUUCAUCGCAGGACAUCUCAAACUCUGGGAGAGAUUAUUGAGGGCGUGGGUCUUACGUUUGGGGUGGACUACACUGAGCUGGAGUUCGUGUUUUGGUACUCAGUCUCCAAUGGCGUGGGGAAGAAAGAGCAGUUCGGGAGGAUGGAUACUCUAGACAUGACUGGGCAUGAUUUUGUCGGCCCUAUAGUCGGAAUAUUUGCCGUCGGCGGAAAGGAGGCGGACGUUCGAUGGUCCGAUCUUAUUGUAGCUUGA